UGCAGAGGUGUGGCUGCACACCGGUUUUGUGAUUGGCUGGGCACGCUCCCUGUUGAUGAUACGCGACCCCUGCUGGGAAUGAACAAGGUUUGGAAGGCAUUAUGAAGGCUCUGAGGCUUUUCAAAGCAUUGCAUAGGACAAGACAACAAGUUUUCCAGGAUGACACCAGAGCAUUAGAAGGCGCAAGGCAAAGGAUCAACGCAGAGUUUCGGAAAAACAAAAAUGAGACUUCUCCUGAAAAGAUAUCAGAGCUAAUGAAAAUAGGACAAGAUGUUGAAAUUCUUCUCCGAACAACUGUUAUUCAAGGUGUUCACUCAGAUUCGGAUCGAAUAGUUCUGCGGCCACGAGCUGAUGUCCUUUUAGACAACGCACCAUAUUGUGACACACCAAAGAAAUAAUUGUCCUGCUGUUUUGUCAUUUGAUUUACAUUUUUAUUUUUUUGCACAGAGGUUUAAACAAAUCUUGAUUAAGCUCCUCAGCCUUUUAUUUCUGUUUUUUUAGACAGUUAUUGUCACCAUUUGCCUGUAAAAUUAUACUAUUUUGUGAUUAAAUUAUUUUUCUUCAUG